AUGACUACUGACUUAGAAAGAAAAGUUAAGAGUUCUGAUACCAUUUACAGUUAUGACGAGGCUGUCGAUUUAACCGGUCAUGGACGAUACAACUACUUACUCCUUGCUGCCUGCUGUGUUAUCAGCAACGCAGUGGCGCUGGACAUGUUUGGUUUCAGUCUGGUUGUGGCUGCUGCCAGCUGUGACCUUCGCCUCGGCAUCACUGAGACUGGAAUUUUAGCUUCAGCACCAUUUGCAGGUGUUCUGUUCGCGUUCCCGUGGGGCUACUUCGCGGACACCCAGGGCAGGAGACGAGCCCUGCUGCUGUCAACUUCGGUUGGUUUUGUCUUCGCUGCACUCAGCAGCCUCUCACCUACGUGGCAAAUCAUGCUAGCGUUGAAAAUAAUAGGAUGCUGUUUUUCAACGUCAUCGUUUUCUCUCACCAUGGCGUAUUUGGGCGAGAGCACCGGCAGCAAGCAUCGCAGUCGAUAUCUCUUCAUAAUGAUAAGCAUGAACAUCGCCUCCGAGAUCGUCUCUUUUGGUCUUGCCUACUUCAUAUUACCACUUUCCUUACACUGGGAAAUACCUUGGCUCUCUAUAACGUAUCGCUCCUGGAGACUAUUCACGUUCGUCAUAGCUGUUCCCCUGGGUAUUGGUGCGCUCCUGUUAUGCUGGCUUUACGAAAGUCCCAAAUUCCUUGCCAAUAAGGGCGAAAGUACCAUAGCUUUAAAAGUAUUGAGAAGGAUUAAUGUGGCAAACGGUGGCAAGGAUGAUGAAUAUCCGGUUCACCAUCUAGAAAAAACAGAAAAUGCAAACAGCCAAAAGCAAACACUAUGGUCUUCAUUAGUGAGUCAGACAGUACCAUUGUUUCAACCUCCACUGUUAUUAAGAACUUUACAGUUAUUCUACCUUAUAGUUAUAUGUUGCACUACAAACAAUGUAUUUCUUAUGUGGUUCCCAACCAUGGUGAACUUGUUUUUUAACUCAUUAUCUGGUGGUACUACAGACGUUGGCUUUUGUGAAGGUGUAGUGCAAAACGCCACGAAUAAUGUUCAAGCUGAAAAUUAUACAUGCAAUGACGCAAUGUCACCGAACACAGUUUAUUCGGGCAUUAUCCUAGGGCUUUUCUUUACAUUUAUUAACCUCGUGGCUUCAAGACUGGCUUCAUGGAGGCGUCUGGUGCUGAUCGGAUGUUUCUUGGUUGCGGCGAUAAGCUCUAUUCUGGUGGGGAUCGUCACAAAACCUGUCUGGAGCAUGAUAUAUUUCUCAUUGAUACAAAUAACCUGUGUCGGUAUUGGCAGCGUCGCGACCUACUUCGUGGACAUGUAUCCGACGACGUAUAGAGGCUUGGUUACGAGUUUGGGCAUGAUGGUAUCCCGCCUGAUUUCUUUCGCUGGAGUUAACGUGGUCGGCGCCAUCAUUGUUGACCACUGCAAUCUCACGUUCUACUGCUGGUCAAUCGUUGUCUUAAGUGGUGUGGCUGUGGCGUUUUUACUGCCGUCCGAUAGAAAAAAAUAA